AUUUCGGAUCACCACAUGACCAUUUCCCAAUUUCCAAAACUACCCUUUUUCUCCCUCUAUCUCUCUCUAACUUUCUCUCUCUAGAUUUUUCUAAUUUCAUUCCCACUAAAAUCCACCAACAAAGACAAACCCAGCUUCUCUUUUGUCUCCUCUUUCUUUUUUGUUUUGUGGGUCUACAUUCUUCAGACAACAAAAAGAUAAUCCCCAACUUUUUAAAGUUUCAAUCUUUUAUCCGUUUCAGACAUAAAUUCUCUUACUUUUUCUAGUUUGUUCAGUGACUGUGGCUUGGUUUACUACAAGAAAAUUCUGUGUAUGUGUUUUUGUUGAUGAUUUAAUGUCUUUGGCUGUGUCAAGUUCUGGGGGGAGUGGUGGCAACAAUGGUGGAGGAGGAGAGAAGAGUGAAACGACGACGCAUCAUCAUCAUAAUGAAGAUGAUGAGAAUUCAGAGAAAUAUGGGAGGCAAGUGAGUGAGACUAAUAUGUCUGCUAAUGAAGAAGAUGAAGAUGAUGAAGCAAAUAAUAAGCUUCAACUUGGUCCUCAAUGUACUCUUAAAGAACAUCUUGAAAAAGAUAAGGAUGAUGAGAGCUUGAGGAAAUGGAAGGAGCAGCUUCUUGGUUCUGUGGAUUUUGAAAGUAUUGGAGAAACUCUUGAACCGGAAGUGAAAAUUCGUAGUCUGUCAAUCAUAUCACCAGGAAGACCUGACAUUGUCCUCUCUGUUCCCGAGGACGGGAAACCAAAGGGCUCGUGGUUUACGCUGAAAGAAGGCAGUCAUUACAACUUGAUGUUCACCUUCGAAGUCAGCAACAACAUUGUUUCUGGCCUUAAGUACACUAACACUGUCUGGAAAACCGCUGUCAAGGUGGACAGCUCUAAAGAGAUGCUCGGGACCUUCAGUCCUCAGCCGGAGCCUUAUACACAUUUGAUGCCUGAAGAGACCACCCCGUCAGGCAUGUUCGCUAGAGGAUCGUAUUCAGCAAGAUCAAAGUUUCUUGAUGAUGAUAAUAAGUGCUACUUGGAGAUUAACUACACCUUUGACAUAAGGAAAGAAUGGGCUGCUACUUGAAGAUCGUUGCGGACGCAUCAUCCGUCCCUCAUUUGGCUAAUGCCUUUGUUUUGUUAGUUUCAAAAUAUAUUGUCCCUUUCGACCGUGUUUAAUUACUACGUCCUCGGUUUUAUUAACCGCUAUAGUGUAGAUGGAGAAAAUUCAAUUGGUAAUGCUUCCAAUAAAUGGAGAGCUUAGCUUGUCUACCUUGCAUCCUCCGCACUCUGCACUCGAGUUCGGUCUCCUUGAUUGUUUACGAGCAGGCUGCGGUCCGUUUACUUAAAGGAGGUAGUAAGUUAAUUAUGUUAUAGUAGGACUAUUGAAGAUGUUAGAAAUUAAUAGUGUAGCUAAUGAGUUUGGGUUUGUUGGAAUCUACUUUUAUCUCUUUAUUCAUAUUCUUUAGCUUCUAUUAUAUGCUAAAAUUAGUUCAGACAAACUAUUGUGAACCUAAUCUUAAUAAUUCUUUUGUUGUUGAUCUUUAA